CUCGCCGCCGCUCUGCUUGUGUAUCACUCCGCGAGGGGAGUGGAGGGGUUCGCGUAGCGCUUCUCUCCGUUGUUAUAAAUAAUUCCAAUUCUCUCUGUAAGUUAAACUUUAAACGUCGUCCAGCCAUGUCUUUCAAGUCGCCCUUCCGUUACCAGUUCUACUCCACCAGCUGCUGCGUCUGUUUCCACGUCCGCACGGGCGCGAUGCUGCUCGGCGGCGCCUACGCGCUGAUGUAUUUGGUGAUGGCGUCAUUUCUCGCGGCUGCCACCAUCAGCCCCGAUGAGGUAGCAGAGUUCGCACACAAGUACGACCUUCCCAACAGCUACUACUCAAACAUGUCCGACGGCGUCGACAGCUCCAUUGCUAUGGUGAUAUCUCUGCUGAUGAUGAUAAUGAGUGGGAUGCUGGUCUACGGGUCGUUCAAACAUCGCAGUGGCCUUCUCAUCCCAUUCUUCUGCUAUCAGCUUUUCGAUUUUGCUCUCACCUGCCUUGUGGCUGUGGGAUUCCUCACCUACCUGCCCAAGUUCAAGGACUACGUGGACCAGCUGCCGAACUUCACGUACAAGGAGGACAUUGAGAGCAUGGAUUCCACUUGGGUGGUGCUCAUCUUUGUGCUGCUCUUCGCAUUUGUCCUGUCGUUCAAGGCUUACAUGAUCUGCUGCGUGUGGAACUGCUACAAGUACAUUGUGAACAGGAACAUCCCAGACAUGACCGUCUUCACGGAUCAGAACAACGAGUACCUGCUGCCUCCGUACGAGAUGGUUGUGAUGAAGAUUCCACCCAAGGACGACGACCCUCCUCCGUACACUCCGGCUUAAGUAGCAGGGACCGGUCCCCGCGGCCUGCUGCUGGUGCAGUGAGCCAGCAAGCCCCAGCAACUCUAGCAAAGUGCCCAUCGAUUUCGCUUCCGUGUCUUGGCACGGAAGUUGCGAACCUCAGGCAAAAGGUUCAUUGGGAGUGUCCUCUGAAGCAAAACAGAAUUCAUGACAUCGGAAAUAUCUGGAGGUGGACUGCCGUGUGUGCUUGCAGGAUGUUGCGUAAGAAUUGCGUUGCGGUUGCCCCAAGGUGCAAGUGGUGUAACUGAAUCCCUGAAAUCUUCUUGGUUCUUUUCGGUAAAGUCACGUAGAAGGGAAAUAAUUAAAUAAUACGAAUUUAACAUAAUAAAAUAAUUCUCACGACGUUUCGGCCACACCUGAGGACGGCUGCUUGCGUUGUGGCCGAAACAUCAGUGAGAAUUGUAUUUUAUUAUGUUUUGUUUUUAUUAUUUCCCUUCUACAUGACUUUAACGAAAGAACCAAGAAGAUGAAUCCCUUGCAGUUAUGAAAGCUUUAAAUCGGAAUCCCUGAAACUUGAAGUGUAGGAGACACCCUGCGUAUGGCAUUUCUGGAACCCUUUGCCUCAUGUUCGCAAUCCCUAUUGGAAGACAAUCACCACAUUCCUCGUAGAUUAUGUUUUUUUGCUGCUUUACAUGCCGUAGGUAAUCUUAAUUGCUGUGUUAUUUGGUUAAAAUGUGUGUGCGUGACUCAUAUUUUCAAAGUGCAGAAUAUUUAACGGAGUUUUCGUUCGCUUUUUUUGCUGUGUGUGCAUUGUUGUUAAGUUACUCUUUAAAUUAAGUUUGAAUUGACGAUUUUUGUAGUCUGGCCCCAGGGGUACACAAUAUAUCGAUUGUAAUCUUAAUUUUAAUACGUGCUUUUUGUUUGCUUCUAGUAGCGUGUGACUUCAAAACGGUUAUAUUGUGUGCUCCAUACCUUUAUUUACAAGUUAAAAUGUUCCAAGUUUCACAGGUUACUCAUGCAAGGAAUGUGACUUUAGAGAAAAGUAUAUCUUGUGGUAAGCGAUGAAGGAAGAUUUAUAAAAAUGAAGAGAUCUACAUCCAGUAAAUAUAUUUAAAUAACUGCUGUCUUCAAGGACUGAGAGCCAUGGCAAAUUAGUUUCUCCUAAUUAGCCAUGUCCACUCCUUCAGAUGUCUAUUUUCCUAGGAUAUUUGUAUCGUGUUUGCAGGACUUAACAGUAUAAGUAUGUUUUACCAUACAUGGAAGAGGCUUAAACUAAUUUUCGUCUUUCGUUCAAGGUAGGCGCAUUGCUGGCACCAUAACGUUUUGUGGCUGUAUUGUGAUGUUUCAAUGUGUUUCCAUCCCUCGCCCCCGUUAGUGAUCCAUAUCUUUAAAGUGUGUAACGUAGCCGAUGCUGUAUCCAUUCCAUGCACAUUUUCUUUACAGUCGCUCCCAAGAAGGGGUUGUUCUAUUCAAUUGCAGUCAUCGCUAGUUUAAAAACUUGGGACGGAUCGUUGCAAUAUUUUCCUUGUGGCCGUGUGGAAUUGCAAUGUUUUGUUGCAUGCUUUGCCAUACGCAAAGGAUAUCUUUUAAUUUAAUGCCCAGUUUUGAAAACACCACCGCUAUUGUUUAUAAACUGCGAUUACUGAUAUGCAUAUAGAGACUGCACAUGACGGUAAAUUAAAUGUGUUAUUUUUUGUUAGCAUUUUCAGGAAUCUUAAGUCACUAUAAUAAAUAUAAUUUGUAUGAUUGUCCAA